GAAAAAGAGAGAGAAAGUGUGUGUUUGUGUGUGUGAGACAUUCAGGAGCAUCCAUUUAACUGAUAAGACUGUGGACUCAUUCCAAUUGGGUCCUGUUCUGAGUUAACACCGGGCUCGGAGUUCAGCAGCAGGGAUGGCGGAGGCACACUCUGCUGUGGCAUUCUCGUUUGCCAUCACUCACGAGGGUGUUCACGUCAACUAUGAUCGGGAAGUGCUACACGUCAUCUGGCACUCAGGUGUGCGUUCAUGGAGACGCAGCAUCCGGCGUGUUGUGAACAGCGUACGAUGUGGCGUAUUCCCAGCAACUCUCUCUUCCCUGGCCCUCACUAUCACUGGCUACAAUGCCAUGUACCUCACAAGAGAUCUACACAAGUCAGAUAUAGAUCCAUCUUUUGGGUUGAUUGACCUUCUUAAAAGACAUAUUAAAUUAGAUGAGCCAGUGAAAGGCAUUGUUUGCUGUACAGUGUCAGGCUUUGCUGUUUGGUUUGGAGUAUUUAUUUUCAUGAAAUAUACUCUUAGAACCCUGUUCUUGUACAAAGGAUGGAUGUAUGAAGCAAGAGGAAAGGGACGGACUAUGAGUGUAGCUUCGCGAUUGUGGUUCCUUGCUGUCAAAAUGAUGACCAAGUUUUCACGGCCUAUGUUGUACUCUUAUCAAGGAUCCCUUCCUAGAUUGCCUCUGCCUGCCCUGGAUGACACCAUGAAGCGGUACUUGCGCAGUGUCAGGCCACUAAUGGAUGAUGAAAACUAUGAACGCAUGCAGAAUUUAGCACUCGAGUUUCAAAAGGGAAUUGGAAAGAAGCUUCAAAGGUACCUGUUACUGAAGUCCUGGUGGGCCACCAACUACGUCACUGACUGGUGGGAAGAGUUUGUGUACCUCCGAGGCCGGUCUCCAAUUAUGGUUAAUUCCAACUUUUAUGGCACUGAUGCAAUCCUCCUGCGUCCCACUCGUAUCCAGGCUGCACGUGCUGCCAAUGUCACCCAUGCUGCUUUCCUUUUCCGAAGACUGGUGGACCGACAACAGCUGCAACCAAUUAUGGUUCAGAACACUGUGCCUCUCUGCUCAUACCAGUAUGAGCGCACCUUUAACACCUCCCGCGUACCAGGCAUCCAGACUGACAAGAUUGUCCAUUAUGGGGAUUCAACUCACAUUGCUGUUUACCAUGCUGGACGAUUCUUCAAGAUGCCCUGCUACUACAAAGGGGCCCUUCUAACUCCUCGGGAACUUCAGAUCCAAUUUGAGCGUAUCCUUGCUGAAGAGAGUGUCCCAGAAAAGGGUGAAGCUUACCUAGGGGCACUGACGGCAGGAGAGCGAAAACCCUGGGCUGAGGCUCGAAUGAGGUUCUUCAGGAAGGGAGUUAAUGCUGCUUCAUUAGAUAUAAUUGAAAGGGCAGCUUUUGUGUUAGUGCUCGAGGAGGAGGAGUGUGAUUAUGAUGAGAAUGACCCAAGUCAGCUGGACAAGUUUGGACGCACCAUGCUUCACGGGAAAGGUUAUGACCGCUGGUAUGACAAGUCCUUCAACGUGAUUGUAAUGAAAAAUGGAAAGAUUGGUUUCAAUGCUGAACAUAGCUGGGCAGAUGCCCCUGUCAUGGGCCACCUCUGGGAGUACAUUAUGGUUGAAGAUAUCUUUGAGAAUGG